AUGGACCAGGUGCGUAUGACCUCGGAGGGCUCCGACUGCCGCUGCAAGUGCAUCAUGAGGCCACUGAGCAAGGACGCGUGCCGCCGAGUGCGCAGCGGGCAGGCGCGGGUGGAGGACUACUAUACCGUGGAGACGGUGAGCUCGGGGACCGACUGCCGCUGCUCCUGCACGGCGCCGCCCUCCUCGCUCAACCCCUGCGAGAACGAGUGGAAGAUGGAGAAGCUCAAGAAGCAGGCCCCGGAGCUCCUCAAGCUCCAGUCCAUGGUGGACCUCCUGGAGGGCACCUUGUACAGCAUGGACCUGAUGAAAGUGCACGCCUAUGUCCACAAGGUGGCCUCCCAGAUGAACACGCUGGAAGAGAGCGUCAAGGUGAACCUGAGCCGGGAGAACGAGGUAGUGAAGGAGAGCAUGCGUCACCUCAGCGAGCAGCUGAGCCGCUACGAGAAUCACUCUGCCAUCAUGAUGGGCAUCAAGAAGGAGCUGUCCAGCCUGGGCCUCCAGCUGCUGCAGAAGGACGCAGCCCCGGUCUCGGCCGCUGACCCCGCCCCCGGCCCUGCUAGCAAGGCUCAGGACACAGCUGGAGGGAAAGGGAAAGAAAACAACAAAUACGGCAACAUUCAGAAGACCCUGGCAGACAGGGGCCUCACAAAACCUCCUAAGGAGAAGCUGCUGAAGGUGGAGAAGUUGAGGAAGGAGGGCGGCAAGGGCAGAUUCCCCCAGCCCACAGCCAAGCCCCGGACCCUGGCCCAGCAGCAGGCUGUGAUUCGAGGCAUCACCUACUAUAAGGCGGGCAGGAAGGAGGCAACCGAGGCCGUGGCCGACAACGCCCUCAAGGGUGCUUCCUGGCUAGAAGAGCUGCCGCCCAGGGCAGAAGGGAGGCCGCCGGAGCCCAACUCCGCAGAGCGUGAUGAGGCUGAGCCCAGGGCCUCAGAGGGAGCAGACCUGGCCUCUGGCACUCUCAGUUCCGACCCUGCCACCACCCCUACCCCAACUCCCACCACCCGGCCCCAGCCCACCGAGCCACCUUCACACGCAGAUGUCCCGAGCCAAGGCAGAGAGUUGAGCUGUGAGGGCACCCUGCGGGCUGUGGACCCCCCCGUGAGGCACAACAGCUACGGGCGCCACGAGGGAGCCUGGAUGAAGGACCCCGCUGCAAAAGAUGACAGGAUCUAUGUCACCAACUACUACUAUGGGAACAGUUUGGUGGAGUUCCGCAACCUGGAAAACUUCAAGCAAGGCCGCUGGAGUAACGUGUACAAGCUGCCCUACAACUGGAUCGGCACGGGCCACGUGGUGUACCAGGGCGCCUUCUACUACAACCGCGCCUUCACCAAGAACAUCAUCAAGUACGACCUGCGGCAACGCUUCGUGGCCUCCUGGGCGCUAUUGCCCGAUGUGGUCUACGAGGACACGACGCCCUGGAAGUGGCGCGGCCACUCAGACAUCGACUUCGCCGUGGACGAGAGCGGCCUGUGGGUCAUCUACCCCGCCGCGGAUGACCAUGACGAGGCCCAGUCCGAGGUGAUCGUGCUGAGCCGCCUGGACCCCGGCGACCUGUCCAUGCACCGGGAGACCACGUGGAGGACGCGACUGCGGCGGAACUCCUACGGGAACUGCUUCCUGGUCUGCGGCAUCCUGUACGCCGUGGACACCUACAACCGGAAGGAAGGCCAGGUGGCCUACGCCUUCGACACGCAUACGGGCACCGAUGCCCAGCCGCAGCUGCCCUUCCUCAACGAGCACGCCUUCACCACCCAGAUCGACUACAACCCCAAGGAGCGCGUGCUGUACGCCUGGGACAACGGCCACCAGCUCACCUACACCCUCCACUUCGUGGUCUGAGCCGGGACCUGUGCUCACAGGAGAGGCGUGGCCGUGGCUGUGGGCGUGGCCAUGGGCGUGGCUCCACAGCAGCUCCUGCAGGGGGUUCCGCCAGCAAAUAUUUAUCGGGGUCCAGGCCCAGGGCAGGUGCUGGGCACGUGGGGCAGCCAGGAUAAAGCUUCCUUGGCAUCCGAUGGAUUAAUAAUCCCUUCCCCUUGCAGAGCACUAUGCCAAGAGCUUCACAUGCACAAACCCAUUCAUUCCUCCCAGUAGCAGCCUCAGAGGUAGGGAUAAUUAAGCCCGUUUCACAGAUGAGGACACUGAGGCGCAGAGACCAUGUCCCUUGCCUAAAUAGCCUCAGCUUGGAGCAGGCAGGCCAAACCCUCCCAACAGUCUAUGUUACAGAGAAGGAGACCUGACCAUGUUUCCCUACACCUCCAGGCCUCUCCCUACCCCUCUAGUUUCUCUUGUUCUCUCAAUUCUGUCUCCCUUCCCCGGGACCAUUCAAAAGCAGAGGCCUCAGGGACCUCCGCAUGAGUGUUGUUGGAGGCCCCCAAGCGUGUACCACCCCACGCCCCCGUUCUGGGUGAGUUGCUGGUGGCCCUGGGCUUCAGGUCCCUUGGCUAAUGUCCCUGCUCUUUGCCUUUGGCCACCCCCCACCCCACCUCACCCUCUGUCCAACCACAUUCCAAACCUCCAUGGUCACCCAGCCACCGAGCAGAAACCGCACCCCGAGGAAAAAUACCGGCCCCUGUUCCAAGUUCCCCUCCCUCUACAUUCAUGUUUAUUUUCUCGUAUUCCUCCUCAGUGCUGUCAUUUGUUUCUGCAGCAGCAGCUGAGAAGGCCGCAGGCAGCUGCCUGCCAGCCCCGACUCUACCAGGGUGGGAGGCUGGGCCAGGCCCCAGGGCUCCCUCUCCACGCUGAGUGCUGGCUUUGGCCACAUACCCGGGCCACACGACCUCUCCUCAGCAACUCCCAGAGCCCUGGGGCUUGGGGUCCAUGUUGUCCUUUCCUUCUGGACCUUUGAACCCACAACCUAUAUGUACUCAGGGAUACCUCCAGGUCUGCCAUGAGCAAGACCCUAGACCCAGGGCUGGGGUGGUGCCAGGACAGAACAGAACAGAUUGCCUCUUCCUUGUCAGUCCCCACCCAGUCAUUUGGUAGAAUGGCCCAGCAGGGGUUUUUUGUUUUUUGUUUUUUGUUUUGCGGAGUGGGGGGGGUGGGGAUUGCUGGGGAGACUGAGAUCUGAACAGUUGGGUCCAGGGGAGGCAUUGGACCUUACGGUUGCACGGAAGUCCUAGAGGGUGGAUGCUGGGAAGGAAGAAGAAGGGGAGUAUGGACUGGGGUUUUCCAGGUUUCAGAGUUACUGGUGCCAGGACCACCCUGAGCCCAGGCCUUGGGGCUGAGGAUGCACAGGCGGGCUGUCUCUGCUGGCACCGCUGGUGGCUCCCCGAGCCUCAGACCCAGACAGCCCACUGGACAUAGACCUUCAAGCCAACUCCCUGUUUCACCAAAGGAGAAAGAAGCCCAGAGAGGUUUAGAGAGUAGCUUGGGGCCACACUGGGCAACAGGACACAACUGAUCUUCCAGAAGGGCUUUGUAUAUUUCCUUUAUUCUUCCGGCUUAGAGGCCGCUCUGCCUGGGAAGGCCAUAGACUCCUGAGCACCCAGUCCAUCCUUUGAGAUAUUGACUGCUGAUCCCUACACCACCUGCUGAGCCUGCUCCCCUCAUUCUGUGCCCGUGUCAGCUCCUGCAUAUCUGUAUAUUUGAAUGCUCAGCUGCCAUGUUAGAAAAUUCAGCCACACACCCAAGAGUAAUAAGGAAAAGCAUUUUGUGCAGAAGACAUUUCUUUCAGGCAUCGUCAGGUGAUGUUUUGUUUAAGCUGUAACUCACUCCUGAAAUUAAGGGGAGUGGUGAUAGAGAGCCGAGCAAGGCCUGACUCAUAGUGGUGGACACAGCCAGCCUCCCCCACCCAACGCCAGUGGCCUCCACUGAACAGUUCCUUCAGGGGGCUGCGUUUCCCUUGGCCCUGGGUGUGGGUUUUACAAGACUGUGUCUUUCAUGAUAUCACAGCCUAACCAUGCGAGUAGUGUUCAGACUCCUCUUGCUCAUUAGUCUGAGAAAAAGGGAAAGUUAGAAAGGACAGGAUUUGGGAAAACGAAAGGACAAGCAAGAUUGUUUUCAGGGGAAGGCGAUGCUGGCUGCGGCCUCCAAACCUUCCCAAAGCCCCUUCUGUUUUCAGGCCUGGCGGGGGGGGUUAUGGUAGACGGAAUUAUUUUCCUCACUUUACAGACAGUCGAACUGGAAGCCAGACAUGGGUCAUUUGUCAUGAAAGCAGUUUAGUGGGGAGCCGAGUCUCAAAACCAGGUCAUCUAACCAUCACCACUGACUGAGUGUUGGGUAGGCCAAGCCUGCCGGGUGUGUAUUCUUGCAUCAUUGCAACAGGGAAGGUCUAUACUCGGAAUGCGCCCAUUUUAUAGAUGAAGAAACUGAGGUGAAGGGACUUACCCAAGGUCACACAGCAACUUAGUCUGUGGCAGAUCGGGGUUUCAGGGCUCGUCGGUCCAUGUUGUUUGCCAACUGCAUGGCACUCCAGGAGCAGCUCCAGAAGUGUACCCAGGCCACAAACUGCAUCCACAAAGGACACCCAAGAAGGAGGUUGGGGUCAGCUUGUAAAGAACCUUGAAUGCCAAGCUAAGGACUGCCUCCAAUCACAUUUGGAACAAAGUCAAGUGUAAGUUAACAGAGAGAAAAUAAUUCUAAGACAAUUGGAAUUGAUUUUAUUGUUGAUGGGAGCCAGGGACAGGUUUUUGUCAUGGACUUCAUUGCAUUUGGCCACAGGUACUUCAAGUUAGAAAGGACCUGGACUGGGGAGGGCCAGUGUUUCUUUCUGACCUUUGAUGUGAAGGCAAAGGAAACUGUCUCUGGUGUUCUGAACACAUGAAGGGGUUUCGAUUGCCACCUUACCCCCUAGAGAUUUCUAGCCCUUGACAUUUAAUUUGCUCUGUCUGUGGAGGAGAGAAGGGGGCUUUGCCUUGGGAGCAGCCCAAGGUUUUCCUGGGAAUCAUUUGAAUGUUCCUGAAAACCUCUAAGCUCCAAAGCAUCAUCUUCUCCUUGACGGCAUUGGAAACCACUCUGGUGACAGGAGCACACAGCACAGGACAGCUGUCAGGGAGUAGGAGGUAGGGAGGCCUGGGUUGGGAAUCUGGCUCUGCCUCUUUCAUGCUGCAUGCUUGAGCAGGUUAGGGACUGACAGAGGGGACAGAUGUCAACUCCAUUUUGUGGCUGAAGACCUGCAGCUUAGGGAGGACUGAGGGCAGCUGAGGACCCAAGCAGCACCCUCCUAGAGCCAGAAGGCGCCUUGACACAUGUUCUCACUGAUGCACCCAGGAACCCCCAAGGUUGGCAUUACUUUCCCCCGGACAGAUUAUGAACCUCAAGUUCAGAGAGGUUAAGCGACCUGCUCAGGGUCCUGAAUCUAGCAAGUAGUAGAGUCAAGCUUUGAACCAGGUCUGUUUCUAUACCAAAGCCCCAAACUCCCUGUUAGGAAUCUUGUAACGAGUCGUGUUUUCUCUUUUGCUUUGGCCGCUGAGAACCUCAAAGUCAAAUUUGAGAUUACUUUUAAUAAUUGUACUGAGUCACCAACUGGACUCUGAUGUCAUUCUAGCUUUCUGCUUUAACUUUUACCCUGAUCUGUUUAUUUUUACUCUAUUGUAUUUUAUCUAUGUUUGUAAGUUGCCACAAUACCUUUUUUUGCAACAAGGUGGCAUAUACCUAAAUAAAUACAUGAUCAAAAACUCCA